UCCGCGGACAGCCGACGGCGGCGGCGCGCUGCGACCUUGCGAACACGGGGCCGAGCGGGCAGAGGAGUGUGGUGCCGCUGAGUGCGGAGUGUGAGUGAGGAGUACGGGCUCCGAGAGCGGCGGCCGGGACGGCGGAGCGGGAGUGUCAGAGGGCAGAGCGCUAGGCCCGGUGAGGAUCGGCAGCUUCGGGUUUUCACCCAGAAUGGCACAUGCCCUGGCGACGGUCAUCGGCUGACGGCGGCCCACGAGCAGGCACCGAGCAUGCACCGGCGUCGUCACGUCCGCUGGAAGUGCUGCUGUGAUCUCGUCUCGCCGCGCGUCGCACCAUGAAACUGUACCCGCAGACCUCGCCCGACUCAGUCCAGGCCUGGACGCAGGAGGACUUCGGCGGCUUCUCGACGGACAGCAAGGCCGGCCUGCAGUCGGCUCUCGACACCAUUUUCCCGCCGCAGUCGCCGGCGCCCUCGUCGUCCUCGGUGGCGUGCGCGGCCUCCUCCAGCUUCACGGAGCUGAAGCCGGUGCCGCCGCUGAAGGCGCUGACGCAGUGCGACUUCGUGGGCAGCUCGGGCGAGGCGGCCGGCGCCUCGCCCGGCUACUACCCAGCGCCCGAGCCGGGGCCGGGCGCGCAAGACAUCGUCUCCACCACCAGCGGCAUGGGCGAGCUGGGCGAUUCGGUGAUGAUGAAGCCGGCCGAGGCCGGCGGCAUCGACUCCUACCUGCUGUCCGACGUGGCCGACGACGACUUCGCCGCCAUCAUCGGCAACGCCAUGGUCGACCCGCAGCUGGUCGUGCCCGAGAGCAUGGAGCUGGGUAACUUCACCAGCUCUGACAUGCACGACCUCGAGGCGUGGAUCGAGGGACAGUCGCAGGCGCAGCUGCAGCGGUACGGCACCACCAGCCAGCCGCACGCCACCGCCGUCCACCCGGGCCUGCAGUACAGCACCGCCAGCCCCAUGCUGCAGAACCUGCUGUCGGGCAACGGAUGCGGCGUGUCGUACGGCAGCUGCGCGCGGCCGCCGCCGCCGCCUGGCUACGGCAUGCUGCACAACAUCCAGUUGCAGCAGCGGCUGCAGCGGCCGCUGCUCACCUACAGUCCACCCAGCUACGCCGCCUCCGACAGCAUGACGCGCGCGCCCGGCGGCGGCGGCGGCGCCAAGAAGCGGCGGCCGCUCGUGGCCAUGCCGAUCGCCACAGAGGGCACCAAGGACAAGCUGGUGCACCGCUGCACCAUCUGCAACCGCGGCUUCCUCAACAAGAGCAACAUCAAGGUGCACCUGCGCACGCACACCGGCGAGAAGCCCUUCAAGUGCGAGACGUGUGGCAAGGCCUUCCGCCAGAAGGCGCAUCUGCUGAAGCACUACAACAUCCACAAGCGCAUCAGCAGAGACUGAGCCACGCCAGCCCGGCCGAGCGCCGACGCGGGCCGGGCUCGGGCCGGGCGAGCGCCUGUGCGUCGUGAGUGAGCGUGCGCGCCGCUGCGCCGCCUGGACGUAUCGAACUCCGUGUUGUGCGCUCUUUCAAGGUUGCUGCCGCGUGCCGCGCGCCGCGGCGGCUCCGCGAUACGAGAAGGAGAAAGCCCGGUCGUCGACCUACUGGAGGGUCAGUGCGCCGCGACGCCUGGUGCCACCUGCGCGCGCGGCCAUCGCCGGCGACGCCCGCCUAUCCCACCGAGUCGACGACCCCCGUCGGCGGCGACGAUGCCCCGCCGGUGCCGAAUGAGGGGUGAGCGAGCGCGGCGUGUCGCCGGCCGACCAGGUAACACCAAAAGUGUUCUGGUUCCAAGUGGGUCAGUCGGAUCCGGCGGCGGCGAAUCUGGGUCGCCGGCCUCGCCGUGCGGCCAGCGCGCAUGCGCGUUGGCAGGUGGGCUCGUCCGGCGCUGACGUCACACCUGCUGUGGCUGCCGCCAGAGGGAGGGAGGAAAGCGCCGCGUCCGAGUUACGUGGGGGAAUGGACGGGUAUGAGACUGGGGAGAGGGGCAGACAGACGGGGAGAGGUAACGUGAGAAGCGCAGCCUCGUACCUGAUGCGUUCCGUUCCGAGGCCGCCUUUUGGCUAGCUGUUUCUACCAAGACUGAAUAGGAAGAUUCUAAUAUUCAUCCUCUUCGACUGCAUGUCUUGAGCGAGUAUGUACGUUUUAGGUACACAUCCUGAGCAGGUAUCCAUUCCCAUUCGCCUACGACGUUCUUCGUGCCUGAUCACCUCGCACGUUCCGCUCCUUAUACGAGCUUCUCACCUUCCUGACGCGCACAGCUGACCGACCCAAGCCGACAGCGGUGCCGUCCCAGACGCGCCGCCGCCGCCACCGCCGCCGCCGCCGCCGCCGCCAGCGCCAGCGCCAGCGCGCAGCGUGGAAAGCGGUUGGCCCACAUUCCCGUGACACUUCUGCUGGCGGCGGAGCGGCGCCGGCCGUCGCCGGCCGGUCCCCGUGGCCGGAACGCCUC